AUGAGUCGGAACUCAGCAAGAAAUAGCUCCGCUCAUUUUUUGGCACUACGCCGUAGACUUGAUGCAAUGGGAUAUGCUGAUUAUCCAUUAGGUUUAGAUUCUGCUCCUUUAGCACAGAUAAUGCUCGAAGAUUUAGUUGCAACAACAGAAGCUCUUAGAGAAUCAGAGGAGAGUAAUGAUGGUGUCUAUCAUAAACUCGAAAUAGCAGAGCAAUUAUUGGAGCCUUUACAAGAAGAAAACUCAAAAUUAAGAAGAGAUAACACACAACUUCAUAAAGAAUUGAUUUCUGUAGGUGAAGAGUCGCUUAAAUUACAAAAUAAACAAGCUACUACUCAAUUCCAGCUCCAAGCUGAAAAUCGAAGAUUAACCUUAUCUAAACAACAGGUUGAAGAACAAUUAGACUUAGCUAAACAAGAUUUAAUAGCAGCCAAAGUGCAACUUGCUCAAGCUUUGGAGCCAACAACAUCAAAAAUCAGUUCAAGAGCUCCAAGCGAAAAAUCUAGAAGAAAAUCUUCUUCAAAAGAUUCGAUUUCUAAUAUAAGCGCUUCUAGCUUCUUAAGUACUAGUCAAGUUGACGUUGAUGCAGUGCCAAAGGCAGAAUUUGAUCAACUUACAAAUGAAAAUGAUUACUUAAAGCAACAAGUAAAUCAAUUAAGCAAUGCAUUAGAAGAAUCUAAAGCCUGUGUUAAGCUAAGAGAUGAAGAAAUUGAUCGACUUGGAACUGAAUUAAAUAAAGAAACUGGAAGAAAUGGAUUCUUGAUUACGCUUCGUCAUAAAUGUCAAAAGGCUGAGGAAGAAGUUGAAAGACUCCGCACUCAAGUUAGAUUGAUUAAUCCUUCAGGCAUUGUUAGACAAGAUAAGUCAGAUAAGAAGACAAAAUCACCUCGUAAACCAAAGCUUCAAAUAGCAAAGCCAAUUGGAGUUGAUAUUCAGCUCACGAAUUCUGAAGAUUCUAAACCGCAAAUUCCACAAAUUCAAAAUAUCAAGCAAGACAAUGAUCUUGUGGAAUCAUUAUUAGCUAAAAUUGAUCAAAAAGAGUCAGUAAUAGCUGAAUUAACUUCAGCACUUGCUUUUGUCGGUGAUAAUCUUAAUCGAUCAAUGUUAUCUGAUAAAAAUAACAAUAUUUUAUCAGAUAUUGAGGCCAAAAUGCGGGACAUGCAAAAUCAUUAUGAGCUAGAAAUCGAAAAGCUCACAAAACAGCUCAAUCAAAACGGAUUUUCCUCAGUUGACCCAGAAGUUGCCAAAUUAAUGGCUAAUACUUCCAAUCUUGAUAAUACGUAUAGUGGAAAAGAUAAAAAUAGUUUGAGAGAAAUUGAAGAUCUUAAAAGAAAACUUAAUGAAGCAAAUGAGAAGCUCAGAGCCAAACAAGAUACAGAUAGUAAGUAUCAAUCCAUCCUAGAGCAGCUUAGGAGGGAACAUCAGGCGAUGAAAAAGGAAAUUGCUCAAAAAACAGCAGAGUUAGAAAAGUACAAAGGAGUGCAUUCUUGA